GGUGCUAACUAGCAAGGAGCGGGAGGUUUGGGGAGCGGUUGUCAUGGACAUCGACACGCCGCGCCCUGGGGAAAGGGACGGGGCCUCUGCAUCGGCAUCGUUCGCAACGACAUCCGGGCCGAAGAUGCCUCCAACCGCGGAGAUACGCAGGGCUCUGCUGGGCGCAGUGGAGGAGCUGUCCAACCACGGCCUCAAGCUCGCCACGAAAUGGGCUACUGAGCAGCUGGUCGGUCUGCCUGACGAUGAGGCGCCCGACGACUUGCGGUACGCGGCGGAACCAAACCCAGCCACCCCUCAGAAGCAGGAAGGGGGGGCGAAUCUGCGGCUUCAGGGCCGCGUAGCGUUUGCGAAGUCCCUGAUGGAUGUCGGGGAAUUCGAGAGGGCGUCGCAGGCUUUCGGAAACAAGAGCUGGCCUGCUGCAGCGGCGGCAGGCUCCGUUCCGGGCGGCCUCUACUCCCGAGCCCGGUUCCUUGGGUGGUACUCCCUCUUCCUUGCGGGUGAAAGGCGGCGCGAGGAGGAGUCGCAACUGACCGACGCUCUUCAGCGGCGAAGACUGGUCAACCCGCACCUCAAGACGCUCCACGCAGAACUGUCGCAGUGCGAUCAGGCCGGGACUCUCGAUGCCUUCGGCCUAUACAUGCCCUGCGAGAGGAAGGGCGUGGGGGUGCAGGGGGCACGGGAGGAAAUACCCCAACCCCUAGAACGCCUCACUCAAGCGGUGGUGGCGGCGGUGCAAAUUCUCUUGGUGGGAGUGGCGGUGGAGCUUUCGUGA